ACUUUCUCUCUCAAUUGUGUGAUACCUGUGAAUGAUUAAAUAUAUAGAGAUAAUUUCUAUGAACAAAGUAAAGCCCUGUGUACACUGUGCUCAUUGUGACAUUCAAUGCACAUGCAAAAUCACUGCUUUUCCGCAGUGUAAAGUGGGGCCUUAAACUGUAUGCUCAUUUUCCACUUUGGAGGUUGAUGUGUUGAGGUUAGCAUUAAGAGACAUAGCUCCACAGACUGCUGCUCAUAUAGAGAUGUUAUCAUAUUUUCAGAUGUGGCUGUGAGGCUUCAAUCGUAAUGCCUCUCUAUAGGGGAAGGGGAAUCACCGCUGGGAUUUGUAGAUGCUGAGCCCAAAGGAAAUAAGAAGUCAAGCGGGCAGCAGUAAAAUGCAUCUCAACCUUACUCUCUGGCUUUGAUCCAGUACUUAGAAAACGCAUCCUUCCCUUGUUUCCGCUCUCAAGAUUAUAUCACCGACCCAAGUGAGAGCAAAAUUAAAAAAAAAAAAAAAGCUGUCACAAAUUCACUUCAAGCCAGAUCUGAUUAAUCAGUGAGAAUAAGCAGCCGAGGAAGACAUCAGACAGGCUUAGUGCCACAGAUCUGAGAAUGAUUUACAAAGCCUUUAAGAGGGAGGAUGUGUUAUUGAAGUAUAGAGUCUCUGUCCCUUUCUCGGUCUCUCGCUCUCCACUGACAGCAGCAAAAUCACAGAGGAAACAGGAAAGGCCUGAGCAGCUUGGUGUUAGGACGGAUAUCCUCUUUCGGAGGCGUUCCCCCUCCUCCCUCACUUAACUCUCCCUCUCUUUAUCUCUUUUUAUCGUGCCCCUCUCUGCCCCCAACCCAUUUUGCUCUCGGUGUGGCAUUAACUGUUUGGCUGAGCUCAGGAGCGAACCAAAGAUUUCUGUUCCUCUGUCAGUUUUUGGGUCAUCAGAUCUGAGGGAACUAUGUGUUGGCAUGGCGAUGAGGAGGAUGAGGACAGCUCGGAGAGUGAUCCAGGUGGGCUGUCGGUUCUGGAGCAGCUUGGUCUGGACCAGAACUCCGAUUUCUCAGACUCUAGUGUGCAGCAGCUUUUGGACGAGCAGCGUGAAAGGAUCCGCAGAGAGAUACGCAAGGAGCUGAAGAUCAAGGAAGGAGCAGAGAACCUGCGCCGGGCGACGACUGACAAGAGGAACGCUCAGCAGGUGGACAGUCAGCUGCGGUGUUCAAACCGCAGGUUGGAUGACCUGCAUGCUCAGCUGCAGGAACUGGAUGCUCACAUUGUGGUAAAGGGAGGAGAGGAGAAUAAAGAUGAGUGUCCUCAGUCUCCUGGGGCAGAGAGCCGAACAUCAGCCCACAAGGAACGCAUCGCCGCCCUGGAGAGACAGCUCAACAUCGAGCUCAAGGUCAAACAGGGAGUUGAGAACAUGAUCCCAAUCUAUGCCAAUGGAUCCACCAAGGAUAAGAAAAUGUUGCAGACGGCCCAGCAGAUGCUGCAGGACAGUAAGACCAAAAUCGACAUCAUCCGCAUGCAAAUCCGCAAGGCUGUGCAGGCCACCGAGCACAAUGACGACACGCAGAGUAACCAGGAUCUGUGCGGGGUGGAGCUGCGUAUUGAAGAGCUGAGGCAUCACUACAGGGUGGAGCAUGCUGUCGCUGAGGGGGCCAAAAAUGUGCUCAGGCUUCUGGGGGCCAGUAGGGUUCAGGACAAGAAAGCCCUGUCUGAGGCGCAGUCUCGUCUGAGCGAGGCGUCUCAGCGGUUGGACCUGCUGAGGGACUCUCUGGACCAGCGUCUGGCAGAGCUGCCAGAGGACCACCCCAAGGCCAGCGUCAUCAAAGAGGAGCUGGUCCUGGCCUCCUCCCCUGCCUUCAGUUCCCGCCACGGCGCCCCCUACCUCCACAACCAGUACAGCACCCUCAACAAACCCUCACCCCUCACUGGUACCCUACAAGUGCAGCUGCUGGGCUGUGUGGGGUUGUUGGAAGUGGUCCCAGGUCGCAAUAGAGGGACAGCUGUCACGUUGCCCAGUUACAGCCCUGGAGACACAAAGUCUUUCAUGAGGGGCAGCAAAGGGCUCUACGGACGGAGUGGUUCAGUCAGCGGCAAGACACCCAACAAGACAGAUGAGCUCUCGUCUGAGGUGAGUGCUGUCCUAAAACUGGAUAACACAGUGGUGGGCCAGACACUUUGGAGGACUGUGGGAGAACAGGCCUGGGACCAGACCUUUACCGUGGAGCUGGAAAGGUCGAGGGAGAUGGAGAUCGCAGUUUACUGGAAGGAUUACCGCUCACUGUGUGCUCUGAAGUACCUGAAGCUGGAGGAGUUCCUGGACAACCAGAAACACAGAGUUCAGCUGGAGCUGGAGCCUCAGGGCCUGCUGCUGGCUGAGGUGACCUUUUUUAACCCCGUCAUUGAGAGAGUUCCUCGCCUCCAGAGGCAGAAGAAAGUCUUUUCUAAGCAGCAAGGCAAGGCGUUCCUUCGGGCUCGUCAGAUGAACGUGGAUAUCGGCACAUGGGUGAGGCUGCUUCGGAACGCCAUACCCACCGUCAACAACUCAGGAACCUACAGUCCCAACGCGCACAGCCUAACACUCAACUCUGGGGAGAUCUCAGUGGAGAAGUUGAGUCUGGACAGCGACUCUCCGAUAAGAGGCGAUUACAGGAGAGACACGGACAUUCACACUCCGGACCGACCACCAGUCAUCGAGCCUUUCUCCCCCCCAGACCUCACCCCCGAGUGCCCUGUCCGAACCCCGUCUGUUAGCAGUAAGCAGAAGAAAGGUCCUCUGUCCCUCCAGGACUUCAGACUGAUUGCUGUGUUGGGCAGGGGACACUUUGGGAAGGUGUUGUUGUCAGAGUACAAGAAGACCGGCACAAUGUACGCCAUCAAAGCCCUGAAGAAAGGGGACAUCAUAGCCAGGGAUGAGGUGGAAAGUUUGAUGUGCGAGAAGCGCAUCUUUGAGAUCGUGAACAUGUCGCACCAUCCCUUCCUGGUCAACCUGUUUGCGUGUUUCCAGACACCGGAGCACGUGUGUUUUGUUAUGGAGUACACAGCAGGAGGCGACCUGAUGAUGCACAUCCACACAGACGUCUUCACAGAGCCACGAGCCGUGUUUUACGCGGCCUGUGUGGUUCUCGGACUUCAGUUCCUUCAUGACCAUAAGAUUGUGUACAGAGACCUCAAGCUUGACAACCUGCUGCUAGACACAGAUGGUUAUGUGAAGAUCGCUGACUUUGGACUGUGUAAAGAAGGAAUGGGUUAUGGGGACCGAACCAGCACAUUCUGUGGGACUCCUGAGUUUUUGGCCCCGGAGGUCCUAACGGAUACGUCCUACACCAGAGCAGUAGACUGGUGGGGACUGGGGGUCCUCAUCUAUGAAAUGUUGGUGGGAGAGUCUCCCUUCCCAGGGGACGAUGAGGAGGAGGUGUUUGACAGCAUUGUGAAUGAUGAAGUCCGCUACCCACGCUUCCUCUCCACUGAGGCUAUUGGCAUCAUGAGAAGGCUAUUAAGGAGGAACCCAGAGAGAAGACUAGGCUCUGGUGAGAAGGAUGCAGAGGAGGUGAAGAAGCAGCCAUUUUUCAGAAAUGUGGACUGGGAGGCAUUGCUGCAAAGAAAGGUGCCCCCUCCCUUCGUCCCCUCCAUCGGCAGCAAAGAAGACGUCAGCAACUUUGACGAGGAGUUCACAACCGAACCUCCGACCCUCACUCCCCCCCGUGAGCCGCGCGUGCUCUCCCGGAAAGACCAGGACAGCUUCCGGGACUUUGACUACGUCUCUGACCUCUGCUAGUGAGCUGUUGGGCUCACAAAUCUCGAGGAAUGUUUGAUUUUGAAGGCUUCAUGACAGUUUUAGUCAGAGCCAAGCGGCCGUCUGUACUGACUGUCUGCUGACUAUUUGUCAGCCAUUGAUUACACUGUGAAUGAAUGAGGGGAGACUGAAGGAAGUCGGUCUGUAUUUUGUGUGUCUGCAGGAUUUUAAAGGUCGUGGACUGAGGAAAUAAAAGCUGGGACACAUAGCUGAUGGGGUUCGGUGUUCUAUCAUAAGUGAAGGAUGAACAAAGGCCUCCCCUCUCCAAUCAUUGUACAACACGCCAGUGACUUGUGUAUCUUGCGAACAUUAGCCUAUAAAAUGCCUCCUCCCGUCCUCCUGUGUGUCGGUGUAGUCACCUGUGCAGCUGUGAGAGGGCGAGCUCUUCGUACUGUUGACUGUUUGGAGGUUGCUCGGUGGCCUCUCAUACCAAUGCCUUACGUUUGUACUUGUAUUUGAUCCACAGAAAAAGCUUUUUCUGUUUUUAUUUUGUGACCCUUUGUAUACAACAGCAGGAAGAGGGAUAACGACGUGCUGCAGAAACACUCAACUUAUCUUAAAACAAGAGGAUUUGCCCGUCAGAGCGGACUUAGUGACGUUCAGAGUAAAUUUGUACUCAGAGCUUUUCCAGCAGUUGUGUGAUGAUAACCUUCACAGAUAUGCUGACAGAUACUGGGCGAAUUAUGAGUUAACUAUGGGGAAAAGAACCACUGUCUUACUUAGCUGCAAUGGACUUUUUAUGGCAUGUCUACCAACCACUUUUUAAAAUUUGUGCUGCUUGGAUUUUAAUUUCUUUGACAAAAUCCAACCAACAAUUCGCAAAUAAGUUAUAUUUGAUGACUGUCAGUGUAUUUUUCAUUGUACCCUGCACGGUUUUUUUUUUUUGUUUGUUUGUUUUUUUUUGUCUUGGGUGAGUAUUUACGUACUAUACAUAAAUUGAUAUAAACGUGUAGCAAACACAUACACAACCAUCAGCACAAAAGCUAUGUGGCAAGCAGGUUAUUUAAUUUUUUUAAAUUGGAACAAAAAAUCUGAACACUAAGACUUAAUGCACACAUAAGAGACUAUCCAUUAUGGGUUUGAGACACAUUCAUCCAGUUACAUAGACGCUACCAGACUUUUGCAAAGAAGAAGUAGUUUCCCUAUGAGACAAAUACACCAGACUUGAAACUCACCACCAACACUGGCUGCAGCAGUUGUUUUAUUGUCUGUUUUAAGAACUUAAGCCACCCACAGUUUAAAAUCUACCCAUUGUGGUCACUGCAGGGUUUGUUUUCCAUCAUAGUGAUGAAGUUAUCUUUGUUUUAACCGAAACUGACUGAUAUCUUAGUACUUCUUUUUAAAAAUCUGGGUGGCACCACAAGCAAAACAAACCUCACUGGCCACUUUUCCACAGAAGAACAAAUGAGAGAGCUUGCUGCAGUAAGCGCAGCCAUAGAUCCAAGCCAAAAAGUUCUCUUGGCAAUAGAUUUCUAAAAGAACACUAUCAUUAUAGGGAAACAGACUGAUAAACAUUGGAAAAAUAUGAGCCAGUGGUAUAAAACAUCUGUAACACGUAACCAUUUCUGAGUACAGGAGAGGUUUGUUGUGAAGCUGGAUGUAUGAUGGUGCAGAUUUUACUUGUGUAUGACAAUACAAAACCAUGUGAGAGUAUGACUUAUUUUAUAAAGAAAACCUGGAGUGAAUAUUAUGUCUGUUUAUUGUUGUUAUGGGCAUGGCAGUGUUCACUCAAGUACAGAUGUGAGAAAGAGAAAUUUAAAAACAUGCACUGAGAUACCUCAGCUGCGUUUAAGUAAAAAAAAAAAAAAAAAAAAAAA